UAUCCAAUUCUCGUAAAGCAUUUGACCGGUCUAGACGUAAAUUAUCGUAGCAGCCGGUUGACAUACAGUAUUUCUUGAAAUAUAUAUUUACAGAUUUUUUUAUUAAUAAGUAACAAAGAACGAAAUGUGGCGCUUAUUAGCUGUUCUCGCAUGCAGCUUUAUUGCAAUAGUUGCUGGUGCCGAGCAAGAUGUGCUGGAACUUGGCGAUGACAAUUUCGCCUCCACUUUGAAGCAGCAUGAGACCACAUUGGUUAUGUUCUACGCACCCUGGUGCGGCCACUGCAAGCGCUUGAAGCCUGAAUAUGCCAAAGCAGCUGAGAUUAUUAAAGAUGACGAUCCACCAAUCAAAUUGGCCAAGGUCGACUGCACAGAAGCCGGCAAGGAGACGUGCAGCAAGUACUCAGUGAGUGGUUAUCCAACGCUGAAGAUCUUCCGCCAGGACGAGGUGUCGCAGGACUACAAUGGACCACGCGAGGCUAAUGGCAUUGCCAAGUAUAUGCGUGCUCAGGUGGGACCUGCAUCUAAGCAGGUGCGCAGCAUCGAGGAGCUAGCUAAAUUCCUGGACACCAAGGAUACAACUAUCUUUGGCUAUUUCAAAGACAUUGACUCCAAAUUGGCAAAGACUUUCCUGAAGUUUGCUGACAAGAAUCGUGAGAAAUACCGUUUUGGACACAGCGAAGACGAGGAAGUGCUUAAGCAGCAAGGCGAAACAGAUAAGAUUGUGCUGAUACGCGCACCACACUUGGCCAACAAAUUUGAGUCGUCCACAAUUAAGUUUGAGGGUAGCUCCGAGUCUGAUUUGAUCACUUUCGUCAAGGAGAACUAUCAUGGUUUGGUGGGCCACCGCACACAGGACACUGCUCGCGACUUCCAGAAUCCUUUGAUCACUGCUUAUUAUGCCGUUGAUUACCAGAAGAACCCCAAGGGCACGAACUACUGGCGAAACCGUGUUUUGAAGGUGGCCAAGGAGUUUGUUGGCCAGAUUAACUUUGCCAUCAGCUCGAAGGAUGAUUUCCAGCACGAGUUGAAUGAAUAUGGCUACGAUUUCGUUGGUGACAAGCCCGUCAUUUUGGCACGCGAUGCCAAGAAUCUCAAAUAUGCCCUGAAGGAGGAAUUCUCCGUGGAAAAUCUGCAAGACUUUGUGGAAAAGUUGCUGGCCAACGAACUGGAACCCUACAUCAAGAGCGAGCCAGUGCCCGAGUCGAAUGAUGCACCUGUUAAGGUGGCCGUCGCCAAGAACUUCGAUGAAGUAGUCAUCAACAAUGGCAAGGAUACGCUGGUCGAGUUCUAUGCCCCCUGGUGCGGACACUGCAAGAAACUGACUCCCAUCUACGAGGAGCUGGCCGAGAAACUGCAAAAUGAAGACGUAGCCAUUGUCAAAAUGGAUGCCACGGCCAACGAUGUGCCUCCAGAGUUCAAUGUGCGCGGCUUCCCCACACUCUUCUGGCUGCCCAAGGACUCGAAGAACAAGCCCGUCAGCUACAAUGGAGGUCGCGAACUGGACGACUUCAUCAAAUACAUUGCCAAGGAGGCCACCACAGAACUGAAGAGCUUCGAUCGCAGUGGCAAGCCCAAGAAGACUGAGCUGUAGAGGCCCCUCUGUCUCUUGCUCUCUUCUUCUAAAUUAGCUGUAACUAAUUAGCAUUUCCAUAUUUUUGUAAAAUCGAAUGCAUUCUCAGCCAACCG